AAUCGGCGUCAUUCGAUUUAGUGUACGGAGUAAGUUAUCUUUUGCGCAGCCAGCCGACAGAGCGACCGACCGACCAACCGACCAACCGACCGACCGGCGUCAGGAGUAGUCGCAGCUAUUCAGUCUCGCAGCAGCCUGCCCACAUCAUUCGCAAUGGCUUCAAUUGCGCGGUGCCUAAGGGUCGCCCGGCCCUCCGCUCGUUUUGCCGUCGUCUCCGCUUCCCGCACAAUCGGUGUCCGGCCCUUCUCCGUGACCGCCACAAACGCGAUAAGGAAAUACACCAAGGAGCACGAGUGGAUUGACCUCUCGGCGGAUAAAAAGACGGGUGUUCUGGGCAUCAGCGAGUAUGCCGCCAAGUCGCUGGGCGACAUUGUCUACGUCGAGCUGCCGGAAGAGGGCAGGGAGGCGCAGGCCGGCGACGCCAUCGGCGCCGUCGAGUCGGUCAAGAGCGCGGCCGACAUCAACGCCCCGAUCUCGUGCAAGAUCACCCAAGUCAACCUCGCGCUGGAGGAGAAGCCCGGCACCAUCAACCAGGUCCCCGAGGACGACUCGCACGGCGGCGGGUGGAUCGCCAAGGUGCAGGUUACCGAGCAAGGCUUGAAGGACCUCGAGAAGCUGAUGGACUCUGCCGAAUACGAGGAGUUCACCGCGGCGGAAGGCGCGCAUUAAACCAAUCGGCGGGUGUGGGUGGUCAGUGGAGGUUGGACAAGGAGGUUUGCGGGUUCAUCGUCACUUCUUCCUUUACUCUCUCGGACAGUUCAACCUGAUAGACACAUGGGCCUGGGAUUUGUACCAUAACGGGCCAUUGGGGCAACCGGGUGUUGGGUUCACGCAGUUCGAGUCUCGACAGGCGUUCAUCAGGCAGACGACG